AUGACUGCCAUGUUUGAUAAUGUGACGAGGGCACUGGCACGCCAGCUGAACCCCCAGGGCGACCUGAUCCCGCUCGACAGCCUCAUCGACUUCAAGCGCUUCCGCCCCCUCUGCCUGGUUUUGCAGAAGCGUAAGGGGACGCUUUUCUGGGGGGCCCGCUACCUACCCACCGACUAUGCCCUCCUGGAUCUGCUGGAGCCGGGCGCUGCGCCCACAGAGUCGACGGACAACCCGCACUUUCGCUUCAAGAAGCUGCUGGACCUGCGGCUGGAGGGCAAGGUGGACAUGCCCAGAACUGUCAGGGUCACUGCGGGGGCUGGGCUGACCAAGAGCAGUCAACUGGAGGUGCAGACCCUCAGCGUGGCGCCCAAGGCCCUGGACACCCUGAGAGAUGAGCGGAAGCUGCUCCCCGACCACCCGUUCCUGCAGGAACUGCGUCCGCGAGGGGAGAACCUCUACGUGGUGAUGGAGGCGGUGGAGACGGUGAAGGAGGUGACCCUGGAGCAAGCCGGACAGGCCCACGGGGGCUUCUCCAUCCCACUUUUAGCUCCCCUAGGGCUGCAGGGCUCCCUAAACCACCAAGAAGCUGUGACUGUCCCCCAGGGCUGUGUCCUGGCCUUCCGGGUCCGGCAGCUGGUCACCAAGGGGAAUGGAGAGUGGGACAUUCCUCAUGUCUGCAAUGAGAAGCUGAAAACUUUCCCACCUGAAGACAAAACCGAAGAGGAGAAAUUUACCUUGAUCCAGGGGGCAGACUGUAAGGAAAUCUCGGAGGUUCCCGAGGACUUUGCAACCCUGCGGCAGGAGGUGGAAGAUGAGGCCCGUCAGCUGGCCCAGCUGACCCCGCAGGCCCAGGCCACUCUGCUCCGCUCCCUCCAUGCCCUCCUGGGCAAGAACCACCAGCUACAACUCCUAGAGGGCUCGCUGGAGGAGGCUCUGAACAAAGCCAAACCCGGGGCCUUCGAAGUCCUGGGCAACGUGACUCUGAGCCCUCAGGCCAUGGGCUCCAUCCUCUACUUCCUGGGAGCCCUAUCCGAACUGAGUGAGGCCCAACAGAAGCUGCUGGCUCAGUCCAUGGAGAAAAAGAUCCUGCUGGCUCAGCUGAAACUGGUGGAGAGGGUCAUGGAGGAGAACUUCCCGCAGAGCCAGAGCGGGGACUUCCCCCUCCCACCCCAGCUGCUCUCCUCACUUGGGGACGAGGAGCUGACCAUGACGGAAGCCCUGGUGGGCCUCAGCGGUCUGGAACUGCACAGGGCUGGGCCCCGCUACACCUGGGAGCCCGCCACCCUGCCCCGGCUGUGCGCACUCUACGCCGGCCUCUCCGUCCUUCAUCUGCUGGCUGCCCCGGCCUCCUGA